AAAACUCGUCAAGUCCGCCUCUCCCUUGGCCUCGAGCCUCUCCCUUCCCCCAUUCCUCUGCUCCCCUCGCGGGCCGCUCCAUGAUGCUACGCUAUCAUGCGAAGCAACAUCUCCAGCCAUGGCAUCUGACUUGUCAAAUGCCGCCCAGGUGGCCAGCGCAAUCACCGAGAGCGUCGCCCACGCCGUCAGCUCGUCGCUCCCCGCCGACAUGAGCACUCUCUCCUCUGAAGUGGCCACGCAAGGGUCGUACAGCUGGCUAGGGCUCUUCGGGUGGUUCAUUUGGUUUAUCCUCAACGUCGUCUCCACGAUCCUCUACUGGGUCAUUCGGAUUGCGACCAUUACUCUCCCCACCUUCCUGUUCACCUUGUUCUCCACAAGCUGGACAGUGACCAUGAAUGCCACGACGCUCAUGUUCAUCAUGGCCGCCCUCGUCUCGGCCGUUAGCUGGGUCGUCAGGUAUCGGAUCCUCAACAUGUACUCCCGCCUGCCACCAGAGCCACAGCGCAAGGAACCGGAGAUCGACCUCUUCCCUGACACCCAUGAGGAAGGCACCAAGUCCGGCUUGUCUAGCUAUCUGGAUGAGUUCCUGAGUGCCAUCAAAAUCUUCGGAUACCUUGAGCGACCGGUCUUCCACGAGUUGACCCGGAGCAUGCAGACCAGGAAGCUCAUCGCUGGCGAGACAAUCAACCUCGAAGAGGAGAAGGGCUUCUGCAUCGUCGUUGACGGCCUCGUCGAAAUUUUCGUCAAGUCUGGGCGAGGUCCCCGGGCUGCCGCCGCGUCUCGCACCGACCUCAAUAUGGACUCUUCUGAUGAGGAUGAGACGGCACCGGCUCAGCAGACAUACCAGCUUCUAACUGAAGUUCGGAACGGAGCCCCCAUGUCUUCCUUAUUCUCCAUCAUGUCCCUCUUUACAGAGGACAUCAAGUUGCGACCGAAUGAAGACGACUCCCCAAUACCAUCGGGGAGAAGCAGCGGCACUAAGCAUCCGGCAUUCUCCAGGACUUCUAUGAACCAUGCCCCUUCCGAUGUUCACAUGUCGAUGCCAGGAACGCCUCAAAUGCAUGAUGAUACCAACCAAGACGUCGAUACACGAGACGACCUUGGUCAUCACAGUCCUGAGCAUGGUCAGAGGUCCGCGAAGAUACCGCACAUGUCCCUCGAUGAGCCUAUGCAAAGUGAUGGCACCCGGCCAAACCUGCAGCGCAGGGCGACGUCUGGAUCAGCACACCCGGAUAUCAUUGCUCGGGCCACUGUGGACACGACUAUUGCCAUCAUCCCUGCGAGUGCCUUUCGGCGAUUGAUCAAGAUCUAUCCUAAGGCAACUUCACACAUUGUCCACGUUAUUCUGUCCCGAUUCCAGAGAGUGACACUCUCUCAGGCUUUCAACUACCUCGGCCUGACUGGAGAGGUUCUACAGACCGAAAAGAACAUGGUCAAGUAUACAAUGUGUCAGCUUCCUAAUAUUCUACGGGGCGACGCAUUGGCGAGGCUCAAGGAGAAGUUCAGUCGCGAAAGGGAACGGAUCGGCGAAAAUGAAGAGACGAAAGGCAUAGCUCUGCACAAUGCCGGUGCCAAUCGCCGGAGGAGGUCAAGCACAACUAUGCGAAAGGAGGCUGUGCUCCAGUCCAUGUCCAAACAGCGCCCAUUAUCGAUGGUAAACAGUACAUUGGCACCGCCGCGCGAACGUGCAUCACCUCAUACGCCGAGCCCUGGUGAUCUACUUGCCAACAUUCAGUUGGCUCGUGGGGUUGGCCCGUUAUCUCCUGUUGAGCGACGAUCGGUGACGGCAGGGCUUUCAAUGAAGCGACAGGAAACAAAUCCAUUGGAUGAACGGUCUUUCAAUAAUUCCUUUGACCCUCAAAGACAUUCUCGCAUCUCCAUCGAUGCGCGCGAAUCCGUUGAUGAGGACAAUCUGUUCAGAUCCUCCAUCUUGGAGUGCAUGUUCAAGACCCUGGGUCUGGAUACAAGUGGCAGCGUCUCGAGAGAGCCAGAGUCGAUAGAGGCUUCCCCCCGACUGGCAUCCUUUGACCAGAGGCGAUCCAAGGCUUUAUACGCGAAUACAAACGCGUUCGGAUUCAUGGGACCUUAUGACGGUUCCGUUGAUGGGGAUACUGAGUCACUGACCUCGAGCGGCAUGGCUCUGCACACGCCACCGAAUGCGCAGGUACUCGCUCAUGACAUGAAGGAUGAAGUCGAGAUUGUCUUCUUCCCCAAAGGAUCUGUCCUCGUUGAGCAAGGGGAGCGAAAUCCCGGGUUAUACUAUGUCAUCGACGGUUUCUUGGAUAUUGGAACGAGCGGCGAAGAGGACAUGCAUAACAUCCUCCAAGCUACUGGCACUGGCACGUUCAAUCGUGGUCCCCCGUCCCCAGAACCAUCCUCGAUGGGCUCUUUCCCAAACCUGGCUCAUACCGAAGCUGCCCGUGAUCGAGCUGAGUCUCAAAACCAAGGCAAAUCUCAUCGUCGAAGCGUUGCCCUCGUCAAGCCUGGAGGUUUGGCUGGGUACGUUGGCAGCGUGUCUUCAUACAGGUCAUUCAUCGACGUGGUUGCAAAGACUGAUGUAUAUGUCGGCUUCUUACCUCGAGCAUCACUGGAACGAAUCGUGGACCGAUACCCUAUUGUGCUUCUCACGAUGGCCAAGAGGCUGACCAACAUCCUGCCUCGUUUGAUCCUCCACAUUGACUUUGCUCUGGAAUGGGUUCAAGUCAAUGCGGGCCAGGUGCUCUUUCACGAAGGCGAUGAAAGUGAGGCCAUCUACAUCGUUCUCAACGGUCGUUUGCGACUCGUACAGGAUCGGAGGGACGGCGGCGUGGCAUCUCGAGCUGAGUUUGGACAAGGAGACAGUGUCGGUGAGCUUGAGGUGCUCACUGAAAGCGCUCGUCCAGGGACCUUGCAUGCCAUUCGAGACACAGAGCUCGUAAAGUUCCCUCGCACUCUCUUCAACAGUUUGGCGCAGGAGCAUCCAAACAUUACCAUCAAGAUCUCCAAGAUUAUUGCAUCUCGAAUGAGGGCAGUAGUUGACGACUCAUCAAGUGUCUCUGCCAAGGACAAGAGUGUCGGACCGACAACCAACAUGCGGAAGUCGACGAUGAAUCUUCGCACAGUCGCUAUCUUGCCAGUGACUGCGGGUGUGCCAGUUAUCGAUUUUGGUAACCAUCUUAUGAGUGCCCUCUCACAGGUUGGACCUGCAAACGGUGCCACUUCUCUCAACCACGCUGCAAUUCUCAAUCACUUGGGAAAACAUGCCUUCAACAAGAUUGGAAAGCUGAAGCUCUCCCAAUACCUUGCGGAUCUCGAAGAGAAGUACGGGCUCGUAGUAUAUGUUGCAGAUACCAAUGUCAACUCGCCAUGGACCCAGACUUGUAUCACGCAAGCUGACAGUAUCCUUCUCGUUGGCCUAGCUGAGGGAUCUCCAGCCAUUGGGGAAUACGAGCGCUUUAUGCUCGGAAUGAAAUCGACUGCCAGGAAGAUGCUGGUUCUGUUGCAUGCGGAGCGAUUCUCUCGGCCUGGUCUAACCAGGUCAUGGAUUCAGAAUCGAGUAUGGAUCAAUGGUGGCCAUUACCAUAUCCAAAUGGCCUUCCGGAACAACGAGAUGCCGGUGCAUCCUCCUUCCAAGAAGCUCGGUCAGGCACUGAAGGAAAGAGUCCAGGUAUUGCAGGCGGAGAUCCAGAAGUACACAUCAAGAAAGGUGCAUCAAACACCGUACUACUCCCUUGACACUCCGUUCAAGGGCGAUUUCCACCGACUGGCACGCCGUCUGUGCGGAAAGUCGAUUGGUCUCGUCCUCGGCGGAGGUGGUGCAAGAGGCAUGGCACAAAUUGGCAUUAUCCGCGCCAUGGAAGAAGCUGGCGUUCCCAUUGACGUGAUUGGUGGCACAUCUAUCGGCGCUUUUGUUGGGGCUUUGUACGCUCGACACGCAGAUGUCGUGCCCAUGUUCGGGUUUGCCAAGAAGUUUGCUGGUCGUAUGGCCAGUCUCUGGCGGUUUGCGCUGGAUCUGACCUACCCGUCAGCGUCGUACACUACUGGUCACGAAUUCAACCGUGGCAUCUUCAAGACAUUUGGCGACACCCAGAUGGAGGACUUUUGGCUCGAGUACUACUGUAAUACGACAAACAUCAGCAAGAGCCGAGCAGAAUUCCACACGAGUGGAUACGCAUGGCGAUAUAUACGAGCAUCCAUGUCUUUGGCUGGCUUGCUUCCCCCUCUCUGUGACGAGGGCAGCAUGCUACUGGAUGGUGGAUACGUUGACAACCUCACCGUGUCUCACAUGAAGGGCCUAGGGGUAGACAUCAUCUUCGCGGUGGACGUCGGGGCGCUUGAUGACAACACACCUCAGACAUAUGGCGACUCGCUAUCUGGAGCGUGGGCGUUCUUCAAUCGAUGGAACCCCUUUUCAUUGCAUCCCAACCCCCCUACAUUGGCAGAGAUUCAGGCCCGGCUUGCGUACGUGUCGAGUGUUGAUGCGUUGGAACGUGCCAAGACAAUGGCGGGAUGCAUCUACAUGCGGCCGCCGAUCGAUGAAUAUGGGACGCUUGAUUUCCACAAGUUUGACGAGUUGUACCUGCUUGGGUACACGUACGGGAAGGAGUUUCUCCAGAAGAUGAGAGAUCAAGGAGUGCUCCCGCUGGUAGAGGAAACCGAAGCUAAGCGUGCGCUGCAUCGGACAAUGGCGCCUAGACGAGCUAGCAUUUGACACUUGUUCUUGAGAGAGGCUUAGAUCAUGUUCCGAAUCAUACACUAGCGCCAUCAGAUAGAGAUGGAGCGCACUUUCGAAGUAGUACCGUAUCGACUGAGUAAAUUGACCCUGAAUUCUUCCCCCACUCUUUGCCUUCGGGCUUUUUUAUACCUAAUGAUUUAGGGAAUCUAAGCCUUAUAUAAAUAGCUUAGCUUUAGUCCAUAAAAAUAGGGCCAAUCCAUCGGGUCGAAGUAGUACAAUCAAGCGAUUCAAUGGCUCAUACAC